AUGUCCGCUAAUACAAUACUUGAUGAUCUAGUCCCAGUGACAAGCAAUGACGAUCUUACAAAUUCUAUAACAAAAUUUAUUGAAAAAAAUGGUGUUGAAGGUCUGACAAGUUUUACUCAAGGGCAACUGGAUCGAUGGAGGCAAUGUUCAUUGAAUAUAGCUGUUACAGGAAAUAGUGGCGUCGGUAAGUCUACAUUAAUUAACACAAUUCGUUCUCUUCAACCGUAUGACCUUGGUGCAUCACCUGUCAAUGUUAUUGAGUGCACAUCAGUACCGAAAGCUUAUCCGCAUCCAGAAAAUGAAAACUUGAAAUUUUGGGAUUUGCCAGGUGUCGGUACGAAGAAAUGCCCAAAACAAACCUAUAUAGCUGAAAUGAAUUUCUAUCAAUAUGAUUUUUUUCUCAUUGUUAGUCGAACACGUUUUACUGAGAAUGAUAUGUGGCUUGCCAAAGAAAUUAACAAGAUGAAUAAAGGCUUUUUCUUUAUACGUACACAAAUCGAUGCUGAUAUCGACAACACUCAAGAUGAACACGCAACAUCAUUCAGCGAAGAAACUCUAUUGACAGAGAUUAGAAAUGAUUGUUUGACUUAUCUCGAAAAACAAAAUGAUCUUUCACCCUCAAUUUAUUUAAUCAGUGGUAGAUUAAAUAACAAUCAACGAUGGGACUAUCCUCGAUUAAUGGCUGAUUUAUUGACUCAUUUUCCUCUCUUGAAACAGCAUGCUUUCAUUCUAGCUAUGAGUCCCAUUUGUAAAGAUGUCGUUCAAACUAAGAUAAUUCAUCUAAGAAAACGUAUAUGGCUUGUAGCAACAGCAUCAGCUGCUGUAGCCAUUAUACCAGCUCCAUUUUUGUCAGUUGGCUUUGAUUUAACAGCAUGUAUACAAGAAACAAAAGUCUAUCGGCAGCAAUUGGGUCUUACAGAAGAUGCACUGCGUCGAUUAGGUGAACGUCAUCAGAUACCAUUUGAACGAUUUUCCAGCGCAAUAGAUGACAGAAUUCCUAUUCAAGCAAUGGCGAGUACUGGUCAAUUUGUUAUAUCCAUUGCAAAAUCAGUUGCCCAUUCAAUGGUAAAGCAAGAAGGUGCAAAAUAUAUUCCAUUUGUUGGAUCAGCUAUUGCAAGUGCAGCGUCAUUUGGAACUACUCUAUAUAUAUUAAAUAGUAUCUUGAAUGAUAUGGAAGAGGCAGCAUUAAAAGUACAAGAGAUUAUUGUACAAUCUAGUGCUAACUUUAAUUGA